AUGGCCGAACACGAAGACAAAAAGUCACGUAGGGCUGAUCUUCCAAGACAACGCAUGGUUCUGCUUGAAGAAAUCACGGGCAUUGGAACUAAGUACUUUGAAAUUGAGUUUGGCGAAGCUAGCGCCCAAAUUGCUAGUGGUUGUAAAUUUUCGUGGGCUGCCAUGCGAGAAACAACUCGACCAGAAGACGCUGCCUAUUGUCUACUAGGUCUCUUACAAGUCAAUAUGCCGUUGUUAUACGGAGAAGGAAAUAAGGCAUUCCAACGCCUACAAGAGGAAGUCCUCAAAAAGAACCAAGAUCUAAGUAUACUUGCUUGGGGAUUUGAUAUGACUUGGCGAGAGACUUCCUUACGGACAAACAUGGGUUUACGCUCUUAUGGUAUUUUGGCGCCGUCAUCUCAUUAUUUCAGAAAGUUCCCUGUUUCUCUGUCGAAAUUUGAUAACCACUUAAAAUUGGCUACCCAUUCUAUGAUGACAAAUCUGGGGUUAAAUAUAAACUUACCUCUGAUGUGUAUCAAUUCAUCACUAGGUAUUUAUCUUGCUUUUAUCAGUGGGUGGGCAGUCGCGCGGCUUGGGAACAAGCGUGAAGCAUUCGUCUUACCUUUGCUGAAACAAGAAGAUCAACUUUUUGAACGCCUUUCUGGAAGUCCCCCCGUCGUCUCCGUCACUUUAACCAAAGGGUCAAAUCGAAAAAUCAAAUGGAAAUCAAUAUAUCUCAUUCAACCGAAAAGCACACCCUCGACUUGGAAGCCCCGGAAAUUCAAAUCGAUCAACGACCUAGAUUUCUUAUUUUUUCGUCCAGGCCAAUACACCAUUGAACAGUCAGGCUUUCAAUUAUAUCAUAAUCAGAUGAGCACAGCCGGCUUUUCAGUAAGAAGUGUAUUCCCGCCUGGGUUCAAUGAUUCGGCAUCACAUCUCACAUGGGAAUCGCUAAGCAGGAAUUUUGAAAUAAUCUUGGUUCUCUCUAGAAACAAUACAGAUUGCUGCGUCAUUUACGUGAAGGGACGAACCACGAGCAGAGAUCGUAUCAGAAUAAGCAAAAUGGCGAUUGCACGUUGUGAGCCCUCGCUUUCCGCAUGGCAAUGGCCUCAUCACCUCGCUAUGACGGUAGGCUCAGCGCAUUUGAAUUGGGGAUCUUCUGUGAGCUUUCAUUCUGAUCGCGAAAGGAAAGCGGAGCAUGCUUCGCUGGAGCUGAAUACUGGUGUGGCGAGUUGGCAUGGAAAUUUUGUUGGGAUUGUUAUCAAGCAUCGUGUUGGAGCAAAUGGAUAA